UUGAAGUUCCGUUCUCUCUUUCCUUUGCCAUUUUCAACCCUCUGCUCUAUCUGUAAAGCUAAUCUGACUCUGUCUUCCCAUUUCCAGCUCUUGUCUGAUUGUAAUACGGCAUUGAGUUUAAGGGAUGAGCCCAAUCAUGCCUUGAACUUUGCCUUUUCAUUGGGAUUUUGAUCUCUACUUCUAUCCUUGCUCCUCUCCCAGAAAUUGGUGCGGUAAUCUGCGUGGUUGAUGGCUGCCUAUAAACUGUUCGUUGUUUUGAUCUUGAGCUGUCUGUUACUUGCCCUCGUUCAAGUGUCUGGGCAGAUUGAGGUUCUGUUAAGUUGUGGAGGUCCUAAUCGGAGCACUGAUGAAUACGGCAGAGAAUGGAGUACAGAUAUUGGGUCUAACUUCCUAAUGAGCAGUGGAAAGUCAUUUACAUCCCCUGCUGAUUCCCAGAAGCCCUCUGUUCCUCAAGUCCCUUGCACGAAUGCCCGGGUUUUCCAAUCUGAGUUCACCUAUAGUUUCCCAGUAUCAUCUGGUAGGAAGUUUCUUCGCCUCUAUUUCUACCCUGCAGUUUACAAUAAGCUCAAUCCCUACAAUGGGAUCUUCUCAGUUAGGGUUGGUCAGUAUACCCUUCUGAGGAACUUCAGUGCUGCACAAACCACUGAAGCUCUGAACUUUGAUUACAUGAUAAAGGAGUUCUCCAUCUAUGUUCCGUCUGGAGCGUUGAAUGUGACUUUCACGCCUUCUGGGAACUAUUCGAACUCUUUUGCGUUUGUGAAUGGGAUUGAGGUUGUUGCACAUCCUGAUAUCUAUAAUACUGAUGAUGGAAGUGCUCUUAUUGUCGGUCAAUCUUCUUCUCUGUUCUACAUUGGCAAUACUACUGCACUUGAGGGUGUUUACCGGUUGAACAUUGGUGGCAAUGUUAUAUCGCCAUCAAGUGAUACUGGCAUGUUUAGGUCAUGGGAUGAAGAUUCGAAAUAUAUAUUUGGAGGCGAUGGGGUCACAGAGACUGCAGAUGAUUACAAUUUGACAAUACCACCCACUUCCAUUGCCCCUGUGGAUGUCUAUAAAACUCUCAGAUCAAUGGGUCCAAAUUCAAGUGUUAAUGUGAAUUCCAACUUAACAUGGUUCUUUCCUGUUGACUCAGGGUUCUUCUACCUUGUCAGGCUCCAUUUCUGCGAGGUCACCAACAUUAUUACUAAACAAAACCAGAGGGCAUUUCAUGUCUACCUGAACAACCAAACUACAGAGCCAGAUGCUGAUGUAAUUGCUUGGGCAGGUAAAAAUGGAGUUGCCACACAUCAUGACUAUGUGGUAUUUUUUCCUGUUGGGGCUCCACAGGUGGAUCUUUGGCUUGCACUACACCCAAAAGCAGGGUCCGAAUAUUUGAAUGCAAUAUUGAAUGGCCUGGAAAUAUUUAAAGUAAACACUAGUGAUGGAAAUCUUGCAGGUCCCAAUCCAAUCCCAGCUCCAAAACAAACAGAGAUUGACCCAUUUAAUCCAUCUUCACUAUCAGGUCGGUCAAAGAAUCGCACAGCAGCUAUUGCUGGAGGAGUUGGAGGUGGAAUUGGUGCCGUCCUUCUUAUUGGAUUAGCCAUUUAUUUUGCCUCUCGUCGUCCUAGACAAAAAACGGACUCAAGUCCAAAUGACAGACCAUCGGGUUGGCUUCCUCUUUCUUUAUACGGGGAUUCUCAUUCAUCUGCUUCUGAAAAGACACACACUACUGGAAGUUAUGCCUCCUCUCUUCCUUCUAACCUCUGUCGCCACUUCUCUUUUGCUGAGAUCAAAGCUGCCACCAAAAAUUUUGAUGAGGCUCUCGUCCUAGGAGUAGGAGGUUUUGGCAAAGUAUACAGGGGAGAAAUUGACAGUGGUACGAAAGUUGCUAUUAAGCGUGGAAACCCGCUCUCUGAACAAGGUGUUCAUGAAUUCCAAACAGAAAUCGAAAUGCUUUCUAAACUUCGCCACCGUCACCUUGUCUCUUUGAUAGGGUAUUGUGAAGAGAAUUGUGAAAUGAUUCUUGUCUAUGACUACAUGGCUCAUGGGACUCUUCGGGAGCACCUGUACAAGACCCAAAAGCCCCCGUUGCCAUGGAAGCAAAGGCUUGAGAUUUGCAUUGGUGCUGCUCGUGGUUUGCACUAUCUUCACACGGGUGCCAAGCAUACAAUUAUCCACCGUGAUGUUAAAACAACUAACAUACUCUUGGAUGAGAAGUGGGUGGCAAAGGUUUCUGAUUUUGGUUUGUCAAAAACAGGUCCCGCUUUGGAUCAUACUCAUGUAAGCACUGUUGUCAAAGGUAGUUUUGGGUACCUGGAUCCUGAGUACUUCAGAAGGCAGCAGCUCACAGAUAAAUCUGACGUCUACUCAUUUGGAGUCGUACUUUUUGAGAUUUUGUGUGCCCGUCCAGUUUUGAUCCCCACACUCCCCAAGGAACAAGUGAGCUUAGCAGAAUGGGCCUUGCAUUGCCAUACGAAGGGAAUUCUUGAUCAGAUUAUGGAUCCUUAUUUGAAGGGCAAGAUUGCUCCAGAAUGCUUCAAAAAAGUUGCUGAGACAGCAGUGAAGUGUGUGUCAGAUGUUGGAACAGAUAGGCCAUCAAUGGGGGAUGUACUUUGGAACCUUGAAUUCGCUCUACAACUUCAAGAGAGUUCAGAGGGGAGUGGCAAUGGUCUCGGUGGAAUGGAUGUUGAGGACAGCUUCAAUGCCACAUAUGAAGCAAAGAGGGAUCCAAAUGCAUCCCCAGGCUUUGAUGUAAGCACAACUGAUUCAAGAAGCAGCGGGAUGACAAUGAGUAUUGGUGGUCGGAGUCUUGCUAGUGAAGACUCGGAUGGGUUGACACCUAGUGCUGUCUUCUCUCAGAUCAUGAAUCCAAAGGGUCGUUGAGUCCUGAAACAGCUUUUCCCCGCCACCAGUUGCCAAUGUGAGUAAUGGGGUAAGGCAGUGCUCUAUCUCCCUUCUUAACAUGUACUGUCUCAUUCUUUUACUCAUAUUUUGCUUUUUGAUAUCUCGAUGUUUUCUCCUUGAAGCCCUUUUGUAAGUUGCAUCUACAGUAAUGAGGUCUAAAGUAUAUAGCCAUUACUGAUGAAGAGCUCGUCCAUUUGAUAUUUUGAUCUUAAGCUUCUUGUAAAAUGAUUAGCUGUUUGUAUAGGGCAUUGCUGGUGAUAUAAAUGUACUACUUAGAAUUCUGUUUAUGCAUUUACCUUCAAAAAACAUGGAACAAAGUCCCAAUAACUCGGCAUUGUUUAGUUUAAAGAUAGUUGUUGCUAUCAUUUAAGGGUGAGAUUUAUUUUAUUUUAUAAUCUUAAUCUGAA